AUGCCCAGCUACACACACCACGAGGACACUUUGCGCCGCACGCGCCUGAACGCAACACUGCAACAAUUAAAGCUCCUGCUACAUCGUAUAGCGAUCAUGGAUAGGCUAGAUAACUACACGAGCAUUUUCCGAAGUCUAAACAUCACCGACGAGGACCUCGAUUACGUGACCAACUACAUCGAUAACCUAACCAUCCAAAAAUCCAGCAGCAACCAGACCUGCUGCUACUGCAACGGGACCAUCCGUGACUGGGCUGCUACGUACAAGAAUUAUCACGGCUACGUGGCGUUGGUGGUCUGUCUGUUCGGUAUUCUGGCUAACCUGCAAAUGCUAACGAGGAAGGACAUGGCAGCUGCGCCCAUAAACCGAAUUCUCACGGGUCUAGCCACGGCCGAUAUGCUCGUGAUGUUAGAGUAUAUCCCAUUCGCUAUUUACAAAUACAUCGUUCUGCCAAAGAGGCAGGUAUUUCCUUACGAGGGCGCGUUGUACGUCCUGUUCCACAUGUACUUCACGCAGGUGUUGCACACGAUCAGUAUCGCUACCACGCUCACGUUGGCCGUUUGGAGAUACAUCGCUAUUAGGUUUCCACAGUACAGUACUUGGUGCACAGCGUCUCGUUGCAGAACGGCUCUGUGGAGCAGCUUUCUGGUACCCUUUGUUGUAUGUGCACCUAGCUAUUUCGUAUUCAGGAUACGAGAGCAACCGGUGAACGAAAAUGGCACCCUGGAAAUCUUAUACAUCGUCGACGCGGAACGCUCGCAGCAAAAGGAGUUCUUCCAUCAGCUGAAUCUCUGGGUGCUGGGAGUGGUCGUGAAACUUUUACCAUGUGCCAUUCUCACCGUCAUUAGCUGCUGGCUGAUCAAAGCUCUUUACAGAGCAAAAGGGAGGAAGGAGGCCUUAAAAAGCUACAAUCAAUGCAAUAAUACCAUGAAUGUGGGCAACGGUCUGGUCCAAAGAAGACCAAGCAGAUCCGAGAAGAGAGCCAACAGGACGACCAAGAUGCUCGUUGCCGUGUUACUCUUGUUCUUGGUCACAGAGAUACCUCAGGGUAUCCUUUUCCUUCUAUCGGGUGUUCUAGGCGACAGUUUCUUCCUCAACUGCUACAACAAUUUGGGCGAGGUGAUGGAUAUCCUUGCCCUUUUGAACGGCGCUAUCAAUUUCAUCCUCUAUUGCUCCAUGUCCAGGCAGUUCCGCACCACGUUCGGUCAGCUGUUCAAACCAAAGAUCAUGAAGAAAUGGCAACCCGCCACGCAGCAGACAGACGUACAGAGCACUUACGUAUGA